UCCCCCUACCUCCCCCCAGGCUCGCGCUCGGCGGCGGCGGCGGUGUCGGUGCCGCCGGGAGCGGACGGACCCGAGGUGAAGGUGGGGGGCCGGGGUCCACCGGCCGCGGCCGAACCGGCACGCCUCUCCCACCCUCCCCGCGCCCCCCGUGUGGCCCCCACGGCUAACAGUCGCGCGGCCAAACGCGGCCCACGGGCAGGGCGCGGAAAAAGAGUAGACGCGAGGCCGGGGACGGGGGGGCGGGCGGCGAGGAAGGGGCGCACCCACCACCCCUCCUGGCCUACGGCGACCCCGCCUACAUCGGCGCACUGGGACCCUCGGAGUAGCCUCUGUCUGCCUCCAACCCAGGAUCCAACCCCCCGAGUUCUGAGUCCACCUGCUCUUAAUGCCUCUCUGAUCAGAAUCAGGCCUCUUCACCAGUCCAAGCCCCAGCUUCCCUAUUGACAAGCUGGCUAUGAAGAGCUGGGUCUGCCUCAUCCUCCCAGAUAUAUAAGGGAGGCUCAGUCACUUGCUGGACAGCACUUGCAAGGAGACAUAAUGCAAGACUCCCAACUGUGGCCCAUGGACCUCUGAGGAGGCGUCGUAAGUCCGCCCAGCUCCCCACUUGCUGUGCUCCCACUCAAUGGGAAGGGAACCAAGGUACCAGGGCCUAGUGGGUCCGGACACCAACACAGAUUCUGAGAGGGCAGGUCAAUCAGGCCUUGUCCAGCCAUCAGCCACGGCCUCUCGACAGCACCAGGAUGGAAGUCAAAGGUCAGCUGAUUAGCUCUCCCACCUUCAAUGCCUCAGCUGCCCUGUUUGGAGAGGCUGUCCCCCAGGCGAAGUCAGAGCGUCUGCGGGGGCUGCUUGACCGGCAGCGGGCCCUGCAGGAGGCCCUGAGCCUGAAACUUCAGGAGCUCCGCAAAGUGUGUCUCCAGGAAGCGGAACUGACUGGCCAGCUGCCCCCCGAGUGCCCGCUGGAGCCUGGUGAACGGCCCCAGUUGGUCCGCCGGCGGCCCCCUGCAGCCCGAGCCUACCCUCCGCCGCACCCCAACCCAGCACACCACUCCUUGUGCCCUGCUGAGGAGCUGGCCCUUGAGGCCCUGGAGCGUGAGGUGUCCGUGCAGCAGCAGAUUGCGGCGGCCGCCCGCCGCCUGGCGUUGGCCCCUGAGCUGAGCAUCGAGCAACGCCGGCGCCGGCGCCAGGUCCAGGCAGAUGCACUGCGGAGGCUGCAUGAGCUGGAGGAACAACUUGGGGACCUCCGUGCCCGACUUGGCCUCCCAGUGCUCCCACCACCACAGCCCCUACCCCUGUCCACAGGGGCAGUUAUCACAGCCCAAGGAGUCUGCUUGGGUACACGCCUCGCUCAGCUCAGCCAAGAGGACGUAGUUCUGCAUUCCGAGAGCAGCUCCCUAUCAGAGUCUGGGGCCAGCCAUGAUAAUGAGGAGCCUCGUAGCUGCUUCCCUCUAGCUGAGCGCCCCUCGCCGCCCAAAGCCUGGGACCAGCUGCGGGCAGUGUCGGGGGGCAGCCCUGAGCGGCGAACCCCAUGGAAACCACCACCAUCAGAUCUUUAUGGGGAUCUGAAGAGCCGGCGGAACUCUGUGGCCAGCCCCACCAGCCCCACACGCUCGCUGCCCAGGAGUGCCUCCAGUUUUGAGGGGCGAAGUGUGCCUGCCACCCCUGUCCUCACCCGGGGCGUUGGCCCCCAGCUCUGCAAACCCGAAGGCCUCCAUUCUCGCCAGUGGUCCGGCAGCCAGGACUCCCAGAUGGGCUUUCCCCGGGUGGACCCGGCCUCUGACCGUGCCUCCCACUUCGCAGCUCGCACCCGCCGCAGCAACAGCUCUGAGGCCCUGCUUGUGGACCGGGCGGCUGGCGGGGGAGCUGGCUCCCCGCCGGCACCUCUGGCUCCCCCUGCCGCUGGCCCCCCGGUCUGCAAGAGCAGCGAGGUGCUGUAUGAGCGCCCCCAGCCAACCCCUGCCUUCUCCUCCCGAACGGCCGGCCCCCCAGACCCUCCCCGGGCUGCUCGGCCUAGCUCAGCUGCCCCUGCCUCCCGAGGGCCCCCCCGGCUCCCGCCUGUGUGUGGGGACUUCCUCUUGGACUAUUCCCUGGACCGGGGCCUGCCCCGCAGUGGUGGUGGGGCAGGCUGGGGGGAGCUGCUGCCAGCGGCUGAGGUCCCAGGACCCCUCUCCCGCCGGGACGGGCUCCUCACCAUGUUCCCAGGUCCACCACCUGUAUAUGCAGCUGAUGGCAGCAGCCCCCUCCUCCGCAGCAAGGAUCCCCACACCCGUGCCACCCGCACCAAGCCCUGUGGCCUGCCCCUAGAAGCCACCGAGGGACCAGAGGUGCAUCCCAACCCUCUGCUGUGGAUGCCCCCCCCCACCCGUAUCCCCCCAGCUGGUGAGCGCAGCGGCCAUAAGAACCUAGCCCUGGAGGGGCUGCGGGACUGGUACAUCCGCAACUCGGGACUGUCUGCUGGGCCCCAGCGCCGGCCUGUGCUGCCCCACACGGGCCCGCAACACCCGCCCUUCCUCCAUGCCCGCUGCUAUGAGGUGGGCCAGGCGCUGUAUGGGGCCCCCAACCAGGCGCCGCUCCCGCACUCGAGGAGUUUCACGGCACCCCCUGUCUCCGGCAGAUACUACGCGGACUUCCUGUAUGCCCCGGAGCUGAGCGCUCGUUUAAGUGACCUGACGCUAGAGGGGGAGCAGUCCUCCAGUUCUGACUCUCAGACCCCGGGGACACUGGUCUGACCCCUUCUCAUAUGCUCCAUGUUGGCCUGGGCACAGCUUUAGUCUGGGGAGCACACAGCUGACCUCGCUGAACCCUGGGGUGUGGUUGCUCUCAGUCCUGGGGCGGGGGUGGGGGGUGCCGAACCUGAUCUUCCAAGGCCCCUGACUCCUUGUGGACCCACGAAGGUGUCUGACACCCUGCUUCCCCUCUCACACUGUGCUGGGAACUGGGGCCCUCAGCCAGCUUAAAAGAGGGGGGAUGGUGUAAUGGGGACUCCAAGCCCCUUCCUCCAUUUCUGUUUACAGUUGUGAUUAGAUAUUCGCUGUCUUUCCCCCAACACUGGACGUUUUUAUAAAAGGGAAACUGUGAUCUCAUCCGGGUUGGGCUCAUUCCUGUCCCCAUGCCCAGCCUAUUCCAUUCAGGAACCCCCUCCACGAAACGGACUAUAGAGGGUCUUGAGGCCCUGUUUGGGACAGCCAGGAGAGACUCUAGUGUGAACAGAACCCCCUGCCACCCCUCACCAGGGCAGUUCUCGGGGAGAUGGGCUCUCUGCCCACAUUAGGAAGGACUAAAGUCUGGGUAGGGGCCUUGGGCUCAUUUUCCUGCCCCCAGGGCUGCCCGAAGGAACCCCAGUCCCUGUCUGCCUGUCUGUGCCCGCUGCCUCUGCCCACAAGAUGUGAUGGCCCAGCCUCUGGUGGCAGCCUCUGCCCUGUCAAUCCCCAAUCAGGAAGCCCUGCAGGAGGGCCAGAGGGCAGAGCCGUCAGGUGUGUUGUGUCCUGGGAUGCUGCGGUGGUGGAACCUGGCAUCUGGUGGAUGCCAGUAAAAUCCUCAGGUGACGUCUGGCCAGAGGCUGCGUCACAUCUUCCUUGGCUUUCUUUCUAUCCACCACUUUUUAAAUCUAUACAAGCUGUGUUUUCUAUGAUACCUAUCUGUGACUUUCUGGAGGUGGGGGUCCCCCUACCUCCUUUACCUGGUGUUAAACUUUUCUUUUUCUACCAAUGGAUCUGGGCCCAAGACACUACCCACACUGGAAGGGGAUUUCUAUAAUAAAUGUGUAAACUGAACCGA